UUCCUGAAAAUUAAGAAGAGCCGUAAACGACAAUUAAAACUAAAGGACGUGUCAAAUUUUACUUUUCACUUUCAGAUGAUUUGUCGGUAGACUUGUGAACGACCGCUUGUGAACCUAUUUUAGCUGUACUAAAGCUUCAUUAGAAUAUAGUUUGUUCGAAUGCAUCAAUCACUCAACUUAGACAACAUAUCAGACGAUGCUUUGUUUGAAUCAGGGACAGGUAGUUGGAACCUUAACUCCCAGCAGGGCAAUAUUUCCCCCCAGCAACAAACAUUAGCUGAUAGAACAAACACAAUGGAUUUACAUUUGAGGGCUAAUAAUAGAAUUGUUUCACAUACUGAACAUCAUGAUCACCAGGGACUGGGAAUUGAACAUCAGGAUCAGCAGAGGCUUGGUUUUGAAAAUCAGGAUAGACAGAGGCUUACUGGACAAUGGCAGGACAAUAGAAGGGAACAGCCUGUACUAAGACCACAGAGUCCUCCAGAAAAUCUGUUGGCUGUGUUUGAUACAAGAAAUGAUCAGCAUCAACAGGAACAUGACCCUGACAAUGGUGGAGCCAGAGCCAAGACACACAGAAAUAAAGAAAACAGAAAUAAAAAUUCUUCCAAGAAAAGAAAUGGAUUUGUUGCGAGUAAUGUUGAGAAAACUAGUGAUCUACAGUUUAGGACUAGGGACCAGACAGCGGGCUGGGAACCAAGCUUACAGUUGAAGCGAUACAGUGAUGACGAUGACGGGAAAAAUUCCGACACUACCUACAGAAAAGUUAUUAACCAAUCAAAACAAAGGAAACAGCAUAUAAAUAAAACUAUGAUGAAGAGUCAGAAUGAGGACGUACAUGGUUCAAACGAUAGUAGCAGCGACUCCUUAAUAAACGUCGCACGCAUGCCAUUACCAGCCGGUUUAGAUCCUGUGUGUAAUCCCCGUAAUAUCAGCAAUAUUUAUGUUAAAAAUACCAAUAAUUCAGAUCAGGGUGGAGACAUUGACAUUGGUAAUGACCUGGAGACUGAUUUCUAUUCGGUACAUCACAAAGAUAGUAAUAGACAAGGUAAUACGAGUCUUAAGCUUUAUGAAGACUCUAAUGUUAAACAUAUUCAUAAUAAUCUAUGGGAAGGUCAGAAUAAAGAUAAAAACAGGGGGAAUCCAAAUAUAGCUCAUAUUAGACUUGACCAGCCUGGAAAAGGUACAGUGCAGCUUGUGAAGAAUAUUGCAGACGGUGACAACACAACUGUUGUUAAGUUAGCCAAUCCAGUACCCCUUCACCGAGCAUCAUCCGACUCUGGUUUGAAUACAAGUAUCGUGGUUCCUUAUGAGUUAAGUGGUUCUGCGGAUAGCUUGAUGCAGUUGAACGGUGCAUCAGCUAGCGCCGGCUCUUCACCUCAUAAUCUGGUAUCGUCUUUCAAUAAUUCGCCCACUACUUCACUGACAAACUCAUUAAUGACAAGUCCGUUACAUUUUAGCGACAGUUUGCCAUCAAAUCUCUCAUCUAAUAUUCUUUUUGGUGAUGGUACGACUAUCUCCAAUGAUUACCUAUUGGCACAGAGGUUACAACAACAGUUUGAUCAAGAAGAUGAAGAACGUCAACGUCGACGGCGAAAUCAUAACGGUCACAUUGAAACAUCUUACGAUGCUGAUGCAGAACGUGAUUACAGUAUUUCUAACAAUCCGAAUAUUGAGAAUCGAACCCUUGACUAUAUCACUGCCAACGAAUAUCAAACAUUGAACGACAGUCUGGCGAACGAUAUAGCCCCAGUGUAUGAUGUCCGGUCUGAAGAGGCUAUUCAAGGGAGUAACAGGACUUUCUAUAUUCCCUGCGAAAAUCGUGUUUUAAAUAGAGUAGAAAAUCAGGAAGAAACUCGGGGAGAAGACGAGGGAGGAGAUAACCAGGCUGUUGAGAGAAAUAGAGCCGGGGCUAUUCCAGCGAGGGCUAGUCCAGCGACAAGGUUAACACGUCAACUUCAGAAUGAUGAGCAAUACCCAACUUUAAGCUGUCCAAGCGAGCCAUCACAUAGUCAGAGAGAACCAGUCUAUAUUCCGUAUGAUGAAGAUGCAGGAAGAAUAGUCCAGCCAGAACCAGCAUUGCUGAAUUCUUUAGUGGCUAGAGGGAGUGUUGCUAGGCAACCUUCUGAACAAUUAGAUGAUGCAGAAUAUGCUAGAAGACUCCAAGAACAACAGGAUGAAGAAUUUGCUAGAAGAUUACAGGAAGAAGAAAGUGAAGCGGAUCCACAUAUAGGACAUCACCAUGGUAACAGAGUUGCUGUUGGCAACUUUGAGCAGAACAAUACUCGUAGAAACUUUCAACCUCUACAUACAAGAUAUGGUCACACCUGGACAAAUAGACCAUUGAGAGUAGGGCCAACACUAGGUGGAGCAGCAAACAAUGUUGUAGACAGUCAUGUGCGGAGUCGGAACACAUGGGACCGUCCCCUUCAACAGAGAUCGGACAACAAUGAAUUCGGAUAUUUAGAUUCAGUCCAUAAUCUCCCUGUCAGUGAAGGAUAUGACAUUCCACCAAGUCAGGAUUAUUAUUAUCGCUAUCAGAAUGAUCCGGACUUAAUGCUUGAUGAUUAUGGAGAAGAUAGACUUGUCAGCAUAAAUCGUGAUCCACAGUUGUUAGCUACGUUGCUAAUGACAAGAGCACCUGACAUGAUGAUACCUAAUCACGUCGAUCUUAGCGACUAUGAGGCAUUAUGGGAGUUAGCGGAAAACCUCGGUGAAGUAAGGCGCGUAGGAAUGGAGGAUAGGGAUAUAUCUGUGUUACCUAUACAUACAUAUAAAACACCUUGCUCAGGUGAUAAUGAUGAUAAUAAAACUGACUGCCUGGUGUGUUUGAGUGAGUUUACGGAGGGUGAGAAGUUGAGAACUCUACCAUGUUGCCAUAUAUAUCAUGUUGACUGUAUAGAUGAAUGGCUUCGAAGAAACGCAAUAUGCCCAGUUUGUCGCCAGUCAGCUGCACAUAGAGAUUAACAUUGUUACAGGAUUAAUCUAUUUUUAGCAACACAUGUGAUCUAUUUUUAGCAUUCUAAGUGAUCUAUUUUUAGCAGCACAAUUGUUCUGCAUAGAGAAACUCAGGAACUUGGUAAAUCCCUUCUUAUCUUGAGGUACAAUAUAGAGGAUAUUUGUUUAGUUCAAUGUAAAAUCGGAAUAUAUUUCACCGUGCGCGCACCAAAAGGUAUAUUUCAUGAGUGGCGCAGCCACGAGUGAAAUAUGAACUUUUUGGUGUUCACAAGGUGAAAUAUAUUUCAAUCUUACACUAAACUAAACAAAUUUUCUUUUUAUUACAUGCAAAGAAACGUUUUAUAAAGACAUUAAACCUAAUACUGAAUGAAAAACGUCCA